UAUCUGGUUGUUUGCCCCAUUGAUAUUUGGGUAUAACACACUGCUCACCAAUUUUACAAAUUUCCUACGAUUUCCCUUUCCAGAUGACCGAAAAAAAAAAACGAGGAAGAAUCUGCUUAUCUCCAUUUUCGCUGUGACCGCCGCUUCCGUCGAGGGCUUAUAGAAGAAGCCGAAUCGCAAUCUGCUGCCUGAUUUCUCAUCCCGUCUUCGGAUCGAAGCUGAGAUGGCGAGAAUGGUCCGGAGAAUGGGUGCUUUCACAUCGGCUUCUGCUUCGAGCUUGGUUCAGACUCAUCAUCGCAAGGGGAGAGGUACUCUGAACACUUUCUCAGAUUGUUCCUCUGUUUUAAGUUGUCGGAGAUUUGUCUCUUCUGGUGUUGGAGACUACAGAGACAGAUUGAGAUUUGGGUUUCAUGAUUGUAAUGUCGGUGAGGCUGUUGCUUUGUUCGAUCAGAUGGUUCGGUCUCACCCGUUACCCUCCAUCGUUGAUUUUAAUAAAUUACUAACUUCAAUCGCCAAAAUGAAACGGUAUGAUGUUGUGAUUUCUCUCUGCAAGAGAAUGGAAUUGCUCCGGGUUUCACAUGACGACUGCACUUUGAGUAUUCUCAUCAACGCAUUCUGCCGCUCAGGUCAAGUGGUUUUGGGCCUUUCGGUUUUGGGGAAAAUCAUAAAAAAGGGUUACAAGCCUCAUGUUAUCACGUUCAAUACCCUCAUCAAUGGAUUUUGUAUCCAAGGAAAGCUUUCGGUGGUAUUAAGUUGGGUUGACCAAAUGGUACAAGAGGGAUAUAAACCUGAUGUUGUGACAUAUAACACUUUGGUCAAUGGACUUUGUCGGGAGGGGAGAGUUUCUGAAGCUGUGAGUUUAGUUGAUAAGAUGUUAAAGAUGGGGUAUCAACCCGAUGUAGUUACUUAUGGCACUGUUGUCAAUGGGAUUUGCAAGUCGGGUGAUUGUGCUUUGGCAUUGAAUCUGCUCAUGAAGAUGGAGGAGAGGAACAUUGAGGUGGAUGUCAAAAUUUAUAGUAUGAUAAUUGAUGGUCUAUGCAAAGGUGGACACAUAGAUGAUGCAUUGAGCCUUUUCGAAAAGAUGGAUAGCAAAGGGAUUGCUCCAAAUGUUGUCACCUACAGUUGUUUGAUAAACGGCCUUUGCGUUUUCGACAGAUGGAACGAUGCUGUCCGAUUGUUGAAUGAUAUGGCCAAAAGAAAAAUCUUCCCUAAUGUUGUCACUUUCAAUAUAUUGAUCGAUGCGUUCGUUAAAGAGGGAAAGUUUCUGGAGGCUAAAGAACUGUACGAAGAGAUGAUUCGAAGAGGUUUAGUUCCAACUACUCUUACAUAUAAUUCAUUGAUCGAUGGGUUGUGCAUGCAGAAUCGCCUUGACGAGGCGAAGCAGUUGUUCGAUUUUAUGAUCAACAGAGGAUGUUAUCCGAAUGCAGUGACUUUUAAUUGUCUGAUAAAUGGUUAUUGCAAGUGUAAUAAGGUGGAUGAGGGUGUGAUGCUCUUUCAUGAGAUGCCUCGAAGGGGGUUGGUCGGUGAUACAUGUACUUACAGCACUCUCAUACAAGGAUUUUUCCGAGCGGGCAAUGUCAAGGUCGCCCAGAAACUCUUUUCAGAGAUGCAGAGUCAAGGUGUGGAUCUUGAUCUUGUAACAUACGCAAUAAUGCUUGAUGGUCUUUGUAAGAAUGGGAAACUGGACGAGGCGCUUGGAUUGUAUUGCCAGUUGGAAACGAGUGGGAUUGACCUUGAUAUCUUUGUCCAUAAUGUUAUGAUGCAUGGUUUGUGCAAGGGUGACAUGGUUGAUGAGGCACUCGGAUUGUUUAAUAAACUUUCUGAUAAAGGGGUUGAACUGGACGUAAUCACGUACAAUACAAUGAUUACUGGAUUUUGUGGAACAAGUUUGCUCGGUGAAGCCGACAAGCUGUUUAAGAAUAUGAAAAAGAUUGGUUGUAUGCCAGAUGAUUGUACGUAUAAUGUACUGAUCCGAGGUCAUCUCAAAGGUGGCCAUGUUGCAACUGUUAUCGAGCUUAUUCGGGAAAUGAGAAGCUGCGGUUUUUCUUCAGAUGUUUCAACAAUGGAAAUGGUUGUUGAUAUGUUAUUGGACGGGAGAUUGGAGAAAAGUUUUUUGGAUCUUCUUUCUCGGUGAGCUGUAACGCGGAGCUUGCUUUCGGUCAUGGAAGUUGUGUGACAAUGAGGUGAACGAGAAGGUUAUGAGUUGCUGGAAGUGUUCUUGCUAAAGGUUUCUUAAUGUCUGAAGUGGAGAGAUUGGCGUUGAUUUGUGGGUUUAUGGUUUCUUCUGUUUUCCGUCGGUGACUGCUUAAAAAUUUUCUGGAUCUGUACUCUGAGAUUCUGAUGCUAUGUAACAAUGUUCACGUUUAAGGUUCUUACAUAUCUAAACUUCACAGUUGAACAAA